AAUGGAUUAAACCUUCUGUACCGCUUUUCAGGAUACUCCAAAAUUGCCACACAAGACAUAGCCCCAGAAACAAGAAGAAGCAAUUUGAGCAGGAACUGCUGGACCUGCUGUCCAUGACUCUGUCAAACGCAGCAUCUCGCCUCGUCGCCUCUUCAGGACUUCUUCACAUUCACCAUCAAAAUCAUAACGAGGAUAUCUAGAACACAGAUCACUCAGGGAAUGAUGGCAUCGCUCUUAGGGCCGCCCUCGCUGUCGCCAUGACAAUGCCCUUCAGCCCCCUGACCAGUGACGAGGAGAACCACAGGAUGCUCGGAAACAGCAGACACCCGUACCCAGGGUUGGAGGAGGAUGAGGAAGAGGAAGAGGAGGAAGAAGAAGAAGAAGAGGAAGAAAUGGAGGAAGAUGAGCGUGACGAGAAUGGUGAGGAGGAGAACGGCGAGCUAGAGGAAGUGGAGGAGGUCCGGCAUGGGGGCAGCAGAGCCGUUGAGGCGAGGCAGUUGGUAAAAGGCCCCGGACGAGCCGGGAACCUGGGACACGCGUCCAAUCCCUACGGGACCAAUCCCACGCACCAGCAGCCGGCUACUCAGCAGCAACGGAGGCCGAAGGAGCGGACGUCCGGUACCGGACCGCCGCCCCCCGAGGACGCCCACAUUGCCAUGAUGGUGUUUCGCAUCGGCAUUCCGGACAUCAAACAAACGAAAUGCCUGCGUUUCAACCCAAACGCUACGGUGUGGAAGGCCAAGCAGCAGGUGCUGUGCUCGCUCACCGACUCCCUGCGAGACGUCCUCAACUACGGCCUCUUCCAGCCCGCCACCGAUGGCCACGACGCCAAAUUCCUGGAGGAGGAGCGGCUCCUCAAGGACUACCCGCAGUCCUUUGAGAAAGGGGUGCCCUAUUUAGAGUUCCGAUACAAGACGCGAGUGUACAAGCAGACCAACCUGGAUGAGAAGCAACUGGCCAAACUGCACACCAAGGCCAGCCUGAAGAAAUUUAUGGACUACAUCCAAACCAGCGGCGUGGACAAGAUGAGCAAGUUCUUGGACAAAGGCCUCGAUCCCAACUACCAGGAUGCUGACACUGGUGAGACCCCGCUGUCGCUGGCCGUCCAGUGCGAGCCUGGCGGGGGUGAGCCCAUUCGGGUGUUGGUGGACGGGGGCGCUCACAUCGACUUCCGUUCCAAAGACGGCCUCACACCGCUCCACAAGGCCGUCAGAGGCCACCGCCAUAUUGCUCUGCUGGUCCUCCUCUCUCUGGGCGCCUCCCCGGACUACAAGGACCGUCGAGGUCUGACGCCGCUGUACCACACUGUGCUGACAGGGGGCGACACAUCGUGCUGCGAAACACUGCUGUACCACCACGCCAAGUUGGGCAUCAGGGACGAGAAUGGCUGGGACGAAACGCACCAGGCGUGUCAGAACGGCAACUCUCAACACCUGGAGCACCUACUCUUCUACGGGGCCGACUCCACCUCCCAGAAUGCAUCUGGAAACACUGCCUUGCACAUCUGUGCUUUAUAUAACAAGGAAAGCUGUGCACGAAUUCUGCUCUACCGAGGAGCCAACAAAGAGACAAAGAAUAACAGUGGUCAAACACCCUUUCAGGUGGCCGUCGUGUCUGGUCAUUUCGAGCUGGGGGAGAUCAUCAAAAACCACCGGGACGCCGAUGUGGUUCCCUUCGUGGAGUCUCCAAAGUACGCCCCCCAGAGGCGCGAGAGCACCCACACCCUGACAUUGCCUCACCCUCACCCGUUCCUGCGCGCCAACAGUGACAGCAGCAUGAAUUUACCUGACUGGAUGGCGAUGCCCAACUCACUGAGCACCAACAUCGUGUCUGUGCAGGGAUUCAAACACACAGGAACCAUCCGCAGCUCCAGCAGCCCCCGAGGAGCCAGGACGCGAUCCCCGUCCCGAGGCAGGAUGGGGGAUAAGGAGGACCGCAGCCGGCACCAGAGUCGCAAACAAGGGCCCACUGCGACCCCCGUCGCCACGAGCUCCACCAGCGCGCAGACGGCAGGCCAGCGCCGGCGCCUUUAUAGCGCCGUGCCGGGUCGCGUCUUCGUGGCCACGCGAGCGCACUCGGCCCAGGGUGAGCGGGAAAUCAGCUUCAGCAAAGGCGACCGGGUCAAAGUGUUGAGCGUGGGCGAAGGCGGCUACUGGGAGGGGACGGUCCGCGGUCGAACCGGAUGGUUCCCUUCUGACUGCGUGGAGGAAGUGAUGCUUCGAAGUCAAGAAACACGAUCAGAGAGCCGUGGGGAGCGCGCCAAGCGUUUGUUCCGUCACUACACAGUCGGCUCAUACGACAGCUUCGAUGCUCCCAGCGACUACAUCAUCAAGGAGAAGAUGGUGCUUCUGCAAAAGAAAGACAGCGAGGGCUUUGGCUUUGUGCUGCGAGGUGCUAAAGCUCAGACACCCAUCGAGGAGUUCACCCCGACGCCUGCCUUCCCCGCGCUGCAGUACCUGGAGUCGGUGGAUGAGGGCGGUGUGGCCUGGCGGGCCGGUCUCAGGAUGGGUGAUUUCCUCAUCGAGGUCAAUGGUCAGAAUGUGGUGAAGGUGGGUCACCGUCAGGUGGUGAACAUGAUCCGGCAAGGUGGCAACAGUCUGAUGGUCAAGGUGGUCAUGGUGACCCGCAACCCCGACAUGGAGGAGGGCGCCCGCAAGAAAAUCCCGCAGCAAAGCAAGAGGCUGAGCACACCCGCCAUUGCCCUGCGCUCUAAGUCGAUGACUUCGGAGCUGGAGGAGAUGGCUGCUACCCCAUGGAAAAAAAAGUCAGAACUGGAAACUUCCCAAGUGGCUGAGAAGAAGAGGACCGUCUAUCAGAUGGCUCUCAAUAAAUUAGAUGAAAUUCUUGCAGCGGCUCAGCAGACAAUCAGCACCAAUGAGGCGGCAGGGACGCGAGGGCAUGGGCCCAAACGGGACAGGGGACGUACUUUCUAUAGCAAUGAGCCAAACUACGCAGACCAGGCUGGUCUGGCGGCAUCCGGACUGGUUCUGGCCUACGAGCGGGGCCACUAUGCCACACCUCACGGGCCCCCGCACGGUAUGCUGCGGCAGAAAUCAAUCGGAGUGCCUGAGGAAGAAAAGCAGCUCCUGCAUCCUCCGGCCAUGAAGUUUGCCCGCAGUCUGUCAGUGCCCGGCCCGGAUGACAUCCCGCCUCCGCCAACCACGGCACCGCCAGACCCUCCCUUCUCCUCUGCACCACCCCUCGGUUGGAGAGCCAAGUCAUCCCAGCAGCCCUCCGUCUCUGUGUCGCAGUCCUUGGCUCCCUCUUCCUCGUACUAUCAGCCUUAUUCCCAGGCGGUGCACUUAACACAAGUAGGCCGGGAAAGAGGGGGUACAACAGUGGACCAUUCAUCUUUCUAUUCCCACAUAGGUGCCCACACAGCCCAAAGUAGGACUGCUACACGUAAGGUUGCCUAUACCGGAGAGCCUAUCGGUGUCGGAGGCGGCAUUAAACCGACUGGUCUUCGGAGGGGCUACAGCAGCGCCAUACCCCCGUCGAGCAUUGCGACUGUCAUGCCGCAACAACAGCAGAUGGCUCAACCACAACGAGUAGAGCGGGCAGGGGGUCCUAAAGGUGGCGCCCGGAGAAGCAAGGGUCCUCUAGUGAAACAAUCCAAGGUUGAGGACCUGCGAGCAGCCCAGGGCACACUUGGGGGGAAAGUGGAGAAGAGCUCCAUUCCCAUCCCCACCAUCAUCGUUAAGGCCCCCUCCACCAGCAGCAGUGGGCGUAGCAGCCAGGGAAGCAGUGUGGAGGCUGACACCCCUGCUCCAGGGGAGGCAGAUGAAUCCAAAUCCCCUCAUGGUCCUCCUCCUCGUAGUCCUCCUCCACAGCCCCCUGCACCACCCUCUGUUCCUGCACCACCGCCUCCAGCCUUGCCUUCCAUGCGAGCUCAGGAUGGGCUGGACUUCACAAGCCAGUUUGGGGCAGCCGUUGUGGGUGCGGCUCGCCGGGACCGUGAACGGUUUCAUGAAGCCCGCAGGAAGAGUGCCUCCCUGUUCAUGUCUGCGGACGAGGACAUGGGUUUUAGUAGCGAUGGCAUGGGAGGACUAACACGGGCUCACCUGUCACAGCAACAGCUCAACACGCAAGUGGAAAGUUCUUCCUCUAAGCUGCGCCCCUCAAAGUCCAUCGACGAGGGCAUGUUCUCCGGGGACACCUUCAUCCAUCACACCCGCAGCAUGCCUCCAGCUUUUGGGCUACCAGAAUACUCUUCACCGCCCUUGGACUAUCAGCCUAAAUCUGUGCCUGCUGACCUAUACACCGCCGCAGGAAGGCAGCCUGCCCCCUCGUCGACUUUCAUUCACCCCCUUACAGGAAAGGCUCUUGACCCCACCUCCCCAUUAAGCCUAGCCCUGGCAGCCAGGGAACGUGCCCUACGAGAUGACAGCAGGUUAAGAAGGGGCCCAGAGCGUCCUUUCAUCCGUCAAAUGUCCAGCGUGGUCUUCCCAUCAUCUACUGUCACCUCGCAGCCAGUGUCGUCUUCCGCCCAGUCCUCCAGCUCUUACUUGGUUACCUCCUCAUCCUUGGCUGCCACUACCCCUUCUGUUGGACGUCCACCUUCACCCAGGAUCCUCAGAGGGGUCGUGUGGCCUGAUGAGGGGGGCAGUGGUGUUGAAAGAGAACGGGAAGGGAGUGGCACGCGUGAGGGACUUAGAGUUCGCUUCUCAGAGGAUAAACCGGUCCACACGCACCACUACCAGUCCCAGCCAUAUCAGCCCAGUUUGAAGGGGAGGGAGCGAGAGAGGGAGGCCUCUAGGGAACGAGAGCGGGAGAAAGACCAGGACGGCUACAUGAGAAGAGCAGAACAGGCCGCUAAUGACCAGGCAUCUCAGCAGCCUCGGCGGUCUUCAUUCCUUAGGAUGGAUAAUCAAACUGAUGCUUACAUUUUGUCCCGCACCACUCCCUCCACUCUACCAACAAGUACUCAGCAGACACCCAAUGCUACUGGGAACACUGGGUCUGGCCUGAUGGUUCUUCCGCCCCCCGCUCCGUCGGUGGACGCGGAUGAUGAAUUCGUCUAUGCUGACCCCCUUCCACCACCAUUAGAGUUUGCCAACAGCUUCGACAGAGGAUACUCGCAACAUCGGCUUCUCCCAAAUGUGACUCAAGAAAAGGCGGUACCUCCUCUCUCUCCCCCCCCACCACCACCACCACCUCCACCUCCACCUGGUCAAAAAGAACUGUUUGGAAGUGUGUUUCCAACUCACACGCCCCUGCCUUCUCCUCAAGCAGGGGACUCCACUGCCUCCAGCCUCACUUCAUACGACAGCGAGGUAGCUAAUCUGACUCAAUCUGCUCACUCCCCCUCCCAGACAUCACCCAACCCACCUCCUCCCCACUCACCCUCCAUCCUGCAGCCCACGUCAACAAGUGGACCCCCACCUCCACCAUCAGUGUCGCCACCCCCACCACCUGGCUAUCACAGACCCCUAUCUGUGUCCCAUCCCCACCACCUGUACAACAGCACCAAUGCUCCUGGCCGCUCUUCACCCACUCCCCCACUUACUGUAACACCGCCCCCCGCUUACCGGGGGCCCCCUGCACUUUCCUCCACAGCUGCCACCUCUGCUCCUCUGCAGACCACAAGCUGUGCCCCCACAACCGCCACUCCUGUCACCACAACAAGCAGCUCCACACAACUCUACCAUGAGCGAACCCAUGCCACAUACACUGCCUCUAUCCAGAACACCCACCACAGGACCAGGGAGCGCCACCGUCCACCCCCUGCUGCCAAGAAGGGAGAAUCUCAGGAGACAGUGGUGGACUCUGGGAUAGAAGAGCUGGACAGCCGCAGUAGUAGCGACCACCACUUGGACAGCAUCCUGGCUAAUGUUCGGGGGGACAGAGUGGACCGAGGGGAGAGAGCAGGCAACCGGUUAGCAGGCGGGACAGCAGAAUCAGUUGAACGUGGGGAUUUUCUGGAGUCUUACAUGAGCUACCUGGAUGGGCAAACCUUUGAGAUGCAGAAUGCCACAGCAGCAGCAUCAACCUAUCCGAAAAGUAGCCGGUUCAGGGAGGGAAGUCGAGGGGACGAGCUCCACAGACAGACCAGCACCGCCCCUGCAUCCUUCCACUCCCAUAGGCGAAGAGACAACCAGAACCAUGGGGAGGAGGAGGACGAAGAGGGGGCCACGACGGAAGACGAAAGCGGCCAGGACGGGUACAGGAUGAGAGACAUGCAGAAUUUAGGACGUCCCAGUUCACCUUAUUUUGAACGGCCACGUACUCCCGAAAUAAAGCCUCUCUGGGGUGAGGGACAGAUUGGCGGGGACACCAGUGGGCAGUUUGCGACACUCUUAGAGGGGAAGAAAAUUUACCCUCCAGCAUCAAGUAUGAAGCCAAACAUGAUCAAUGAGCUGAACAGCAAACUGCAGCAAAGAACCAAGGACAGCUGGAGCAGCCAGAGGCCACUGAGCAGACAUAGAUUCUCUGAAGAUUCAGCUUCAGCUCUGAGUCCCCCAUCAGCUCGUUCCCAGUCACCAUCACCAAUCUCUUUAUCACAACCUUCCCUGUGCCCAUCUCCGACCCCUGCCUCCCAGUAUCCCAACUGGGGACGUUCGCCAUCCCCUCAGCCUUCUGCUCCCUCACAGCCUCCCCGUUCCCAUUCCCCGCUGUCCCCAACAUCCUAUUCCCCUUAUCCAACCUCCCCCAAGCACAGACCUGUCUACCGGACCAAAGCGCUGGAGUUCCAGUUCAUCCCAAGUCGCGAGUCCCGUAAGACAGAUCCUCACAUGCUCCAGCGUAGGCGAGCACCCAGUCCUCUCAUCUCCCCAUCAGAGAGGCCCAAACUGGGGCCGCCGCGUCCCUCGUCCCUCCCUCUGCUCCCCACUUCGCCUCUGUACAGUGCCAUGUAUGACCUACGGGGCUCAAUUACCCCACCUUCGCCCGGCAACACUCUUGGAGACCCCUACUUCUCACCCUCACCACCCCUCUUUGCACCUUCCGGAGCCCCACCUCCUCCAAACUCGACCUUGGUCGUUUCCCGCUCCCUUUCUCCCACUCAUUUCCUGUCUGGUACAUCCUCACCACCCCUUCACCCACUUCCUCCACCCACCUGUCUGAGCUACCCCCACCUGCCGCCUCCAUCCCCGACCAAGCCCUUCGCCUCUAAGCCACUGCCCUACUGGACCAAGUAUGACGUGGCCGACUGGCUGGGCUACCUGAAUCUGGCCGAGCACCGUGAGCGUUUCCUGGACAAUGAGAUCGAUGGCACCCAUCUGCCCUCGCUCACUAAGGACGACUACCUAGAUUUGGGCGUCACCCGCGUGGGCCACCGCAUGAACAUAGAACGGGCUCUGAGAUCGGUUAUUGACAGGUAUGGCUAAAGAGUCACUGACGAGAGCGAGGUUGUCAUGGUAGACCAGGGGUCAGGAACCUUUUUGACUGAGAGAUCCAUAACUGGCAAAUAUUUUAAAACGUAAUUUCAAAAGAGCCAUGUAAUAUUUAAAAAAAGAAAUACAUGUGUAUUUGUCCAUUUAUGUAGAACCAACACUUUUAAAGUACAAUAAGUCUGAAUUAUUUUAAAUAACAUGGUUACGCUAUUGCUAACUAAUGAUGACAAAAGUACUUCUUACCAUUAAUGCAAUUUAUGGUGCUGCAUGGUUUUGCUUCAUACGUCGUCAGAUUAAGCUUCACGCAGGCAUUGAGACUUCCAUCCGUUAAUCGUGAACAUAAUUUAAUUUGAUUUGCCAUCAUGCUGGUACGAUGGUGAACAGUUCUUGCCGACAAAGGCAUGUCUUUUUUUUAUUUGAUUAUCUUUUUGCGAAGUUGUCAAAAUGUCAAAAAGUACGAAUACUCCCCAUCUGUGAAUUUAAACACACUGCAGAAUCCUCUCCACAAAGGCUGUCCAUUCUUGUUGAAAACUAUGGUACUUUUUUUUUCUUUGAGCGACCUUGUCAAAAGCAUUUCCAUAAUUACUUGGUCCAACCAUAUCGGCUUUCAACCCUUCUGCGCUUGCGUACAUCUACUGCCAACACCAAACUACGGCAACCCCACUAGGACAAACUGUCUCUGCGUCAUAUGUGUUGACUGCACGACAGAAUCACAUGUACAGUAUGUUUUGAGGGCUCUGCGAGCCAUAUGCAACCAUCAAAAGAGCCAGGUAUGACUCGCAAGCCAUAGGUUCCCAACCCCUGAGGUAGACUGUCACCAUGGAAAGUAAAAAGGUCUCCCCUUUUUUCCAAAUUCAGAUCAGAGAAAACUCUACCGCAGAGACAAUUUGGGGGAUUUUAUACAGGUUUACAGAAUCUUUACUUUGCUUCCUUAUGUUCUUUUGAACUGUAAUGAGUGUACAGGGCUGUACUACAGUUCAGGAGGAGAAAAAUUUGAAAUGUAACCACUCCGAGUAUACAUCUACAGUUCUCCAAAUGCAUCCAUGCAUCAAUUUUCUAAAGCACUCAUCCUCGUUAACUUGUGGCAAAAGAAUCGGGGUAGGGCUAGCCGAUAUGACCUCAUAUUCAUAUAAUGCUAUAGAUUGAAUCUCGUCACAGUAACGGUAUGUAUUGUGAUAUGACCUCUUUUCUUAAUAUGAUAAUGGAAGUAUUUAUAAAUCGGCAAAGAGAUUUUGAUAAGAUUGAGCCGUGUACCAAAGAAACCUGAAGCUUGUCGAUUGUUUUGGCUCACAAAAAUGAAGCUUCAAAAGUGGAACCUACUGACAAUGACCAUGUUUACUUUCAACUCUUUAUACACCUGAAUUUCUCCUCGCCCUUUACUGAUACUACUUUAAUCAAUGUUGCUUGUUUCCCGCCAUAUAGAUGAGGAUUAGGGAGUACACCAGCAUGAACUCCUGGACUCUGGUGUCGCACAAGCAAGCCUUCCCAGUCCUUUCUGUGCAGCUAGUAAAGCAGGGAGUAAAGUACAGUCUGAGGACACAUUAGCUUGGCGGUGGGUUAAAAAAAAAAAACUUAGUGCUGACAAUGAGACACGUUUUAUACUGACAUAGGUGUCCUGAAUAAGUGUCAUUGCUAGACUUUACACCGAUAUGACCAUCUUGAUCGGUAUUGGCCUAUAGUUAUCAUUUUAUGACGAUUGUCUUUGUCAUCAUUCGGGAUCAUCCGCAAAAGACAUUUACUUAUUAUCGGCAUAGUGUACAGUCUAUUUGAAUCCAAAAGCUAAUUUCUUUUUCCCUGCGUCGUUUCUUUGGAUGUAGUACUGUAAGUAUCUAACCACCCAAAAAGUUAUUUUAAAAUAAACUGUGGCGAUGUGGGACAGCGUCUGAGACCGACAAUUAAUGCCUGAAUCAGAUUGCAAGACAAAUUUUUUUUCACAAUUGCACUGAAUCAGACUACUGCAAUAUCUUGUAUUCCGCUGUGACCGCAUCACCGAGCUUUAUCUUGUCAACUCAAACGCAACCGGAUACACUCAUUACUGUAGUGACGACAACAACAACUGAUUGCACAGUGUGUAGUGGUGUCUAUCCUAGACUUUAGUCUUCAGUGAGCCUUACAAGUAGGUUUUGUGAACAUGGGACAUAUCCUAACUAUGAGGAAGACCUGCUAAACAUUCUUCACUGAGUUGCCUAGCUCAGUCAGUUAGCCUGGCUCAGCUACCUUGUAGUCUUCUAUUAAUUUAGCAAUCCAGAUCUUCUGUGACGCAGAUCAGAUAAGCACUAACUCGCUGCCAAUCACCAAAA